AUGGUCGAAAACCCCGAAGACAAGGCCGGAAGGUUUCGAGAUAGACCGAGGCCCGAAAUAAGGGAAGUAUUGUUGCCUUUUAAUUUGAAAGACUAUAAUGAGCUGUAUGAGAGGGCUCGGUUGGUAGAAAGGGGUAUUAAUGAAAGGGCUGCCACUGCCAGUUCAAGGUUUGCUCGUGCCAGAAGAGACAUUAGGCAAGGCAAGAGGUCGAUGCCUGGUAGCGUGACCUCUAUCCCACCAAACAGAGCUGGCGCCAUUACUAAGCCGACCUAUUAUCAGAAUGAGGAUUGUCGCAUUUGCCAUCGAAGGCAUAGGCCAGGCCCGUGCCCUAUGAGAAUUGGAGCUUGUUUUGGAUGUGGUCAAACUGGCCAUCAAGUGAGAGAUUGCCCGCAACGCCAAGGGAGUAGGCCACAAGGAGGGCAACCUGGAGGAAGCGCACCACGUAACACUCGGAAUCGACCUCCAGCUCAAGGAAGGAUGUUUGCGGUCACUCGAGAUACGGCGAAUGAUUCGCCAACCGUGACAGGUACGGUCCUUUUACAUAAUCAAGCUGCAUACGCUUUGUUUGAUCUUGGUGCGACACAUUCAUUUGUGGCUGAACAACUUGUUAAGCUAGUUGACUUGGAAACGAAGUCGUUGGAUACGACAUAUAGGAUUUCUACGCCCUUACAAGAUAGUGUAGUGGUUGCUGUAGGCUGCCCUGGAUGUAAACCGGUAGUAAGUGGUCGUGAGGAUAGGAUAGAUUUGAUUAUGUUGGAAAUGUAUGACUUUGAUUUGAUAGUCGGAAUAGAUUGGCUGAAGAAACAGAGGGCGAUAGUGGAUUGUCAUCGUAAGGUGAUUCAGUUUAACCCUCAGGAUAGUGCUAGUUUUGAAUUUGUGGGUAAUCGAGGAGGAACCUCGACGACGAUGAUAUCGUCGCUCGAGGCGACUAGAUUAUUGGAAGAUGGGUGUUAUGGUUAUUUGGCGUCAGUGGUUGAUACCUCUAUUGAAGAGCCUAAGUUGGAAGACAUACCGAUCGUACAAGAGUUCCCCGAUGUUUUUCCUAAGGAAUUGUCGGGCUUACCACCGUAA